AUGCUAAGAAAAACAUUUCUUAUCUGGAGCUCUGUAACGGUGGCCUUGCAGAUGCCACUGCCGCGGAAGCUCUGGUGCUGUCCAGCCACCGUCGACCCCACCGUGUUCUUCAACGUCACUGUGGAUGGCAAGCCCUUGGGCCAUGUCUCCUUUGAGCCGGUUGCAGACAAAGUUCCAAAGACAGCAGAAAACUUUCGUGCUCGGAGCACUGGGGAGAAAGGAUUUGGUGAUAAAGGUUCCUGCUUUCGCAGGAUUAUUUGGGAAUUUCUGUGCCAGGACUGUGCCUGCACAUGCCAUAAUGGCACUGGUGGCCAGUCCAUCUCUGGGGAGAAAUCUGACCAUGAGAAUUUCAUCCUGAAGCACACGGGUCCUGGCAUCUUGUCCAUGGCACACGCUGGACCCAACACAAAUGCUUCCCAGGUUUUCAUCCCCACUGCCAAGACUGAGUGGUUGGAUGGCAAGCAUGUGGCCUCUGGCAAGGUGAAAGAGGGAAGGAAUAUUGCAGAAGCCAUGGAGGGCUUUGGCUCCAGGAAUGCCAAGGCCAACAGGAAGACCACUAUUGCUGACCAACACUUGACUUGUGUUUUAUCUUAACUACCAGACCAUUGCUUGUGUAGCUCAUGAAGGCACCCCUUCACCCCCAUCUGCUGGAAAUAUCCUAUAAUCUCUGUGCUCUCGCUGCAGUUCUGUGGGUUCCAUAUUUUUCCUAAUACUCCCCUCCAAGUCUAGCUGGAUUGUGGAGUUAUGUUUAUGAUAAUGAAAGAAAAACCAAACAGCAACAAUAACACCAACCAAAGAUUCUGUAAUGGUUCUAAUAGUGGAUGUGAAUCACUUGUAUCAAGUGAUUUGAUACAAGAGUUGGAGGCUUACUGACUAGUCCAAGCAGAACUACCAGGAAAAUUGGGCAACUCUCUGUACCCACACCCUUACUCUGCGCAGUAUAGUUGUACCCUGAGAUUUCCUUAUUUCCUGGUAAAAUAUGUACCACACUUUAGUCAGCUGACUCAGUGUCCGUUCUACUCCUGUAUGCCAGGGUCACAGUCUUGGAUACGUUUUGGGCUAAGUCUGCUCCUCCAGAGACGAGUCUUGGAAAAAGUCCCCAGGAGGCAGUGGGGACUGGCCAGUGUGGGUCAUCCCUGAAUACCUGCUCCAUCACAUAGUCGUCCAGGGCAUGGGACUUGGCUGAGUGCUAACACCACUGUGGCUGUUGCUUUUAGUGGCAUAUUAUACUUGUCAUCUGAUUCACAACAUUUGCUUCCAGAAGCUGUGCUUUUGGCCUGGGUACAAGACUAAAAGGCUGAAGCAACCAUGAAAUUGACCUAAUGCUGUUUAAAAAUGUUACUGCUUCUUACGAGUCAUGAAGUCUGAUUUACUCCUCAUAGAAUGCUAAUAAUCAGGUUUCUUUUCAUCGCGAAGUGAAAUAGUCUUUGUAUAUUCAUGAUUAGGUAUUGGGAAGGAAAUUUUACUCUGUUUAGUAGAUUAAUUAAUAGUAAAUAUGAAGCCGUGAUGUAUUUUUUUUUCCCUCAAGAACAUUUCAUAAAACCAGAACUCAGUAAAGCCAGUUGUUCUUUUGGAUAAGCCAAAUAAAAGGUGUUCUACCUAAGCACCUAGGGACUCUUGAUUUAAUCUAACUGAAAUAUUAACUUCAAUUUUUUUAAGACUUCAAUAACUGAUAGUUCUAAUUUAUUUCUUCUGAGAAAUUUGUGUUGGAAUUCUAGUCGAUAUUAUUCUAAAGAUUAAAAAAAUUCUGGUUGGAAAGUAGAGAUAUAUCUACUAUUAAAAU